UUUCAUCCGAAGAAACCCUAGAAUUCUAUCUCCUUCCUCUUCUCUCCGUAUACAAUUCUACUCUAAAAAUGAUUUCUAUCCCUAAACGAUUGCGUCCUGAUUUAACUAAUCGAUUCCGUCCGCCUCGUGAAACAUCAGAUCAACUUUACUUAUCAUUCAAAAAAUCUCUUAAUGAUUAUGGCGCUGAAUCUGAUAGACCAGGAAAGUCUGAAGAUGCACUUAUUGGAAUAAUCCGUAAGAUGGAUUAUUUGAAAAUUGCUUCACCUAAUGUUUUUCAGGAGUUAGUAGAUCUGAAGAUUUUUGAAUCCAUGGUAGAUUUAUUAGAUAAUUGUGGGAAUAACUUAGCUAGUUGUAUUUUUCUACAAUUUGAAAUGAUAACUCAGGGCGAUAUUCGUGUUAUGCAUGAUGCACAAGCUGCGGGUCUCGUUGAUUUUUUAGUAAAAUACCAUGCCGUAGGAAAGUUUGUUUCAUGCUUUUUUAGGUUUUCUGAAGAUGAUGAUGUUGUUUAUGGAGCCCUUCAAACUAUUGCACAUAUGAUUUUUCUUAGACCGGAUGUGGCAGAAAUUGUUGGUAAGCAGACCAAUCUGAUUAAUUGGGUAUUGGAUGUAAUCAAGACUAAAGGAUGUGGUUAUAAAAAACAAUACACUGCAGGCUUAUUAACUACUAUUUUACAAUCUACAAGUAAGGAAAAUAUUGUCGAAUUAGGAAAAAUGGGCAGUGUAGUUGUUGUUGUAGAAGCUCUUUUACCUUAUACCAAAUGUGCUGUCAAUAAAGUAGGCAAGCUGGACCAAGAAAUACUAGCUCUGUUCGGCAAAUCUCUUGUUAAAAAAGAAGACGUGUUGGACGAAGACGAAAUAUUCGACCUGGUGCAGAGUUUGUUUGAUUGCUUAUUUUGUCUAUUAUCUUCUGUGGAGAAUAAGAAGAGGUUUGCUGAUGCCGGAGGAGUUCACUUGAUGCUACAAAUUGUUAAGCAGGAGAAGUUGAAUAAUUUCUAUUAUGGGUCUGCAAUUGCGGCACUUGAUAUUGCACUGGAACACUGUCCUUCUGCUUCUAACAAGUUUGUGAGUGAUGCUUUGGCACUCGACAUUGCAUUCCCUGCUUCCAUUGAUGCAAUUUCAUCAAGCAUUACUCAUAAGGGAGAUGAAAUUGAAGGACAUCUUAUGUCUCUUAUCACAACAUUAACAUUAAAUGAUGGCAGUACCGGUGUGAAAAAAGAUACGUUGUUAGAUAAGUUUGAGGAGAAUGAUUACAAAUUAAUCGCUUGGCUUUUGGACCUCUUCACACAAUAUUCCUUAAAAGUUUGUGCAGCGGCAAAUCAUCUCAAACAGAAACAGCUGGACCGGUCUGAGCUCUACGAUGAAAAACUGGAAUAUGGAUUGUCCACGCUUCAGUCGAUUGCUGUUAUACUUGCUUAUCUUUGGUCGUCCGAGAGAAGUAUUUUAAGAGCUAAAAUUGAAGAACAAAAGAAAGCUGUGCUGGAGAUUCUCAAAGAAUAUCGUGACAACAUUGGCAAUGAGGAUGAAUCAGAAGAAAUUGUAGCAAAGACAGUGAUCAAUGAAUACAUUGUUUCCCUUGAGAAACAAUGAAUACAUUUUGUUAUGUCAUGCAUGACAGGAAGAAUGGUGAUCUGGACGAACUAGAAGAAAGUGAACAAACACAGAGAGUACAAUUAGAAUUUCCAGUACCUUCUUCGAAUAACUUAAGUUCGGGACCUAAAAUCAUCGUUCAAUUAUUCAUCUUUAAAUGCAUCUAUUUCUCUUGCUUACACAAU